AUGGCCAUGGCAAUGGGGCUCUUCACCUUGCUACCGCCACUCGUUGCCGUCCUGAUGAUCCCCACUGUGAGCGCCGGUGAUGAGGCGGCGCUGCUAACUUUCAAAGCACAAGUAGUCAUCGAUGGCAGUUCUGGUACGCUGGCCUCAUGGAACAGCAGCACCAGCUUCUGCAGCUGGGAGGGCGUGACAUGCAGCCGUCGGAGGCCAACACAGGUGUCGACGUUGAACUUGCAAGGCGGCGGUAUCAAAGGAGCACUCCCCCCGGUAAUAGGUAAUCUGACUUACCUGCAGACGCUCAACCUGAGCGCCAAUGAGCUAUAUGGUGAGAUCCCAGCAAGCCUGGGCCAUCUCCGGCGCCUGGAGACACUCGACCUUAGCAACAACUUAUUCUCCGGGGAGUUCCCUGCUAAUCUCAGCUCCUGCAUCAGCAUGACCAUCAUGGUGCUAGACGGCAACAAGCUUGGUGGUCACAUUCCGGCCGAGCUCGGAGCAAUGACUUCCCUGGAAGCAAUAUCGCUGAGCAACAACAGCUUUGCAGGACCCAUACCGGUAUCACUGGCCAAUCUAUCUCAUCUGCAGUAUCUCAGUCUCUCCAGCAACCAGCUCGAUGGAUCAAUACCACCAGGACUCGGCAGCAUUCAGAGCAUGUGGCAACUCCAUCUCUACAACAAUAACCUCUCCGGUUUGCUUCCACUCUCUCUAUACAACUUGUCUUCGCUGAUCAGCUUUCAGGUAGGGGGCAACAUGUUGCAUGGAAGCAUUCCUACUGAUAUCGGCAACCGAUUCCCCAGCAUGCAGAUUCUUAGCUUGUCAAGUAACCAAUUCACCGGGAUAAUCCCUUCUUCAGUAUCUAAUCUCUCCCAUCUCACGACACUCAACCUCGCGCAAAAUAGAUUGAGUGGGCAUGUGCCUGCCACUUUGGGGAGGGUGCGAGCUCUGCAAAAAUUUCUCUUGACAGAAAACAAGCUUGAAGCAAAUGAUAAGGAGGGAUGGGAAUUCAUCAAUUCUCUAUCAAACUGCAGCCAACUGCGGUGGUUGAUACUCAGUGACAACUCUUUUGGAGGACACCUAGCAGGUUCAGUUGUGAACCUCUCAGUGACCCUUCAAAAGCUAUACUUGGAUGACAAUAGGAUCUCUGGGAGUAUCCCUGCAGACAUCGGAAAUCUUGUUGGUCUCAACAUACUGCUGACUGUGAACAAUUCUAUGUCAGGAGUGAUUCCGGACAGCAUUGGGAAACUAGAAAACUUGGUAGACCUUGGCCUGUAUGGUAAUGCCUUGUCAGGUCUCAUACCACCGUCUAUAGGAAAUCUCACAAAAUUAACUAGGUUCCUUGCAUUUUACAACAAUCUGGAAGGACCGAUACCAGAAAGUCUUGGGAAGCUGAAGAAUCUAUUUAUUCUUGAUCUCUCGACAAAUUACUACCUUAAUGGUUCUAUACCCAAGGCAAUUUUGAAGCUUCCUUCACUUUCAUGGUACUUAGAUUUAUCAUAUAAUUCUCUUUCAGGACCCCUUCCAUCAGAAGUUGGUACCAUGACUAACCUCAACGAGUUAAUCUUGUCAGGAAACAAGUUGUCUGGCCAAAUACCUAGUAGCAUUGGAAACUGCAUAGUUUUGGUCAAACUUUUACUGGAUAAUAACUCGUUUGAGGGUAGCAUACCUCAAUCUCUAAGCAACUUGAAAGGACUCAGUGUAUUGAAUCUGAUCAUGAACAAUUUGUCUGUUUCCGUUAUUCUCCUUGUUUGGAUGCUCUGGAAGAAGCGCAAACAAAGGCAUAAGAGUACUGUAGAAUCUCCAAUUGCUGAACAAUAUGAAAGAAUUUCAUACCUUGCAUUAUCAAGAGGAACCAAUGAGUUUUCAGAAGAUAACUUGCUCGGAAGUGGUAGAUAUGGUGCUGUUUAUAAAUGCAUUCUCGAUAAUCAGGACAAAACCGUGGCUGUCAAGGUCUUUAACCUUUGUCAAUCUGGAUCUUCCAAGAGUUUUGAGGCAGAAUGUGAGGCCAUGAGAAGGAUACGACACCGUCGUCUUAUAAAGAUCAUUACUUGUUGCUCGAGUACAGACCCCCAAGGUCAAGAGUUCAAGGCAUUAGUUUUCGAAUUUAUGCCCAAUGGUAGCUUAGAUCUUUGGCUUCAUAAAAAAUCUCAGCUCACUUCAAGCAGGACACUUAGCCUUUCCCAGAGGUUGGAUAUAGCUGUUGAUAUAGUCACUGCAGUGGAGUUAGCUGUUGAUAUAGCUUCACAAUAA